GGUGGAAUUAGCAAGCUGGAAGCAAUCGAAACCAUUGGGCAACAAUGGCAAAAAAAAAGAGAUUGGGAACAACACGGGGGUCGGUUCAAUUAGAAUCUUUUUGACGAGAAUUAAAACUCGCUUCUUCAAGUGUGUUCGAUUUGUUCCAGGAUGGAGGAGACGUCACGAGGGUUGCUGCAACAUAAGCACAGGGCCGAACAGCUGAAGCAGGAGAAAACUGCUCUUACGCUUUCUUACGAGGCGCGCGUACAUCAGUAUCAGGCACAAAUCUCGAAGCUGCAACUGGAGAACGAGUCGAUGAGGGGUCAGCUGCGCGGUUUGGAGGCUGCGUGUGCUGGUGAGGUGCAUGCCGCGUUGGUGGCACGUCUGGCGACCUUGGAAACGGAACACGCCGCCUUGGCGAGGGACGCGGACGCUCAGCGUCGCCAGUACGAGCGGUGUCUGGACGACGUCGCCAACCAGGUGGUCCGCGCCCUUCUAUCCCAAAAGGUUCAUUGCUAUGCUCUCGUUACCACGUCCUUCUUAUCUUUCUUCUCUUCGUCUUACUUUUGUCGCUUUUCGUUCGUUUUUUUUUUCUCUUUUUUUAAUUUUUCACGAAUCACGAAUGAGAUGAAUUAUUAUAUGAUCGUGCGUUACUUG